AUGAGCGAUGUCGGGCAACAAUUGCUCUCAGGCGCACUUUCAGGUCUCGCGACAACCGUAUGCCUUCAGCCAUUUGACCUCCUCAAGACGCGUUUACAGCAAGGGGAUGGACGGGUAGGAAUGCCGAGGUCUCACUCUUCGGUUCUCCUGGGCACAACCAAGGAAAUCGUACGACAGAACGGUCUGAAAGGACUUUGGAGGGGCACCGUACCUUCUCUAGUCAGGAACGUCCCAGGCGUCGCCCUGUACAUGACGGGUGUAACACAACUUCGAGCAUUCCUGGCACGUUCAACGUACUUCGGACGUGUCCAGAAGGCAGGGGAUAAAGGAAAUGGUUCUGGUUCUGUUUUGCCAACAUUGACAAGCCAGGGUAAUUUGCUGGCCGGCGCGACGACUCGUGUAGCGGUUGGGUUCCUAUUAAAUCCAUUCUCCGUGUUGAAGGCUAGAUACGAAAGCAAUGUAUACGCGUACGAAAGCCUCUCAGGUGCGCUGGUGUCCAUCGCCCGUCAGGGGCCUGCUGAACUCCUGCGUGGGUUCCUCGCAUCCUCCUUGCGCGAUGCGCCGUAUGCUGGUCUAUUCAUUGUGUUUUAUGAGGCUAUCAAACGGGAGACCUCACAUCUCAUCCCUCCAACCUCUGGUGCCAAAUCAACAUUCAUCCAUGGUGCAUCAGCUGCCUCGGCAGGUGCUAUUGCCACACUUGUCACCCACCCUUUUGAUGUGGUCAAGACAAAGAUUCAGGUUCGCUCUGAAGAGAGGUAUCAUGGCUUUCUCAAAACAGUGGCAACUAUAUGGAGGCAACGUGGGGUUGCAGGCUACUUUGAUGGUGCAUCACUACGCCUCUCUCGCAAGAUCCUCAGCUCAGCCAUUGGGUGGGCUGUGUAUGAAGGUGUGUUGAUCUUCUUGUGGAAAUGA